AUGACCAAACUCUCAACUACACUUCUUGCUGUUGUUUUCGCAACAUCUCCAUUUCUAGCCCAGGCGAUCCAUUUUAGUGGACCUGACUUCAAAGUUCAAGGUGUUCCGCAGCCUUGGGCUGAGGAUAACCUCCAAGGCGGUCUUGAGAAGUUUUAUGGAAGCGUAGAUGCAGGAGAGCCAGAGGACGUGAUCGCUCAAAUCCACAAUUAUCCGAGUGCCAAGUUCGAUUACUUUGGACACGUUCUCACGGGAGACCAGAUUGGCGACGCCCUGGCAGCGCAGAUGGUUCAUCUACAGCGCACAUACGAGACAGAAAUUUCCUCAGCAAAGUGCACAGAAAACUCAGAUCACGAAAAGGUUCAGAUCAAAGUACUGGGUAAAGUGACUGUGAAGCAACCAAACGGGGAGAAUCAACACGAGGGCCUAGACGCAACCAUCACUUUUGUGAAACACGAAGGACAACUCAAAGUCUCCAGUUUCAAGAGGGUCUUUGCUGACCUUGAGUAGGCCAAUAUUUCUCAAUGAUCUUUUGCUCAUCUGAGUAUCAGAAUGCAGCCGAGGACACCCUGUCAUAGAGCUGGAUAUUGUUGUUGUUAUUGGUGUCCACAACGGACGUACUGGGUGAUGUCUGCUUUGUCAACCAGAGUUAGAGUUGUGUUGUUUGGUGUGCAUCUUGCUCAAGCAAAAAAACAUCUUCAUG